AUGACUACCGCGGCCAGGCCAACGUUUGAGCCAGCCAGGGGCGGCAGAGGGAAAGGAGAAGGAGAUCUAAGUCAGCUUUCCAAACAAUAUUCCAGCAGAGACCUCCCGUCACACACGAAGAUCAAAUACAGGCAAACCACCCAGGAUGCCCCUGAGGAGGUGAGAAGCCGGGACUUCAGGAGGGAGCUGGAGGAGAGAGAACGUGUGGUUGUACGAGAGAAGAACAGAGACCGACCACCAAGAGAGCACUCAUCAUCCGUGUCAAAGAAGCCUCGUCUAGACCAGAUUCCAGCAGCAAAUCUGGAUGCAGAUGACCCACUCACAGACGAAGACGACGAUGACGACUCCGAUGAAGACAGCGAUGAUGAUACCGCCGCCCUCCUGGCAGAGCUGGAGAAGAUCAAGAAGGAGCGAGCAGAGGAACAGGCUCGCAAGGAAUUAGAACAGAAAGCGGAAGAGGAGAGAAUUCGAAUGGAGAAUAUAUUAAGUGGCAACCCUCUGCUGAACCUCACAGGCCCUGCACAGGCUCAAGCCAGUUUUAAAGUAAAGCGAAGGUGGGAUGAUGAUGUGGUAUUUAAGAACUGCGCAAAAGGAGUGGAUGAAAUGAAAAAAGACAAGAGAUUUGUGAACGACACCCUACGUUCUGAGUUCCACAAGAAAUUCAUGGAGAAAUACAUCAAGUAG